UUUUUUUUUCCUUCCCCCCCUCCUUUCUCCACCGCCUCCUUUUCUUUGCUGGGAGUUGCUUACGUGUUAGGGAAGGUGGGGGCAGCGGUUUGCAGACGGGAAUUGGUUGGAGAAGCGGGAACUGAAGGUAUCUCCUGCAGGGAGCUAAAGGAAGAACAGAAGAAGGAAGCACCAUGUCUUCAGUCUCAGCUUAUUACAAUGGAAAGACUGUACUUAUCACAGGAGCUACAGGUUUCAUGGGCAAAGUGCUGGUGGAAAAGCUUUUGCGCUCCAGCCCUGACGUGAAAGCGGUUUAUAUACUUGUAAGACCAAAAGCUGGACAAUCAAUGCAAGAGAGAGUGGCCAACAUGUUGAAAUGCAAGGUCUUUGACAGGGUUCGAGAAGAUUGCCCUAAUUUCCAUGAGAAGAUUAAACCUAUUAAUGCUGAACUCACUCAGCCCAAGUUGGCCAUCAGUGCUGAAGAUGAGGAGGAGCUUCUGACCCGGGUCAAUAUUGUCUUCCACUGUGCAGCAACAGUACGCUUUGAUGAACCUCUAAAACAUGCCUUGCAACUGAAUGCAAUGGGCACACAGAGGCUUCUAGAACUGGCCCAGCAGAUGCAGAAGCUGGAAGCUUUCAUCCACAUCUCCACUGCCUAUGCAAACUGUGUGCGGAAAUGCAUAGAUGAAAUCAUCUACCCACCUCCAGCUGAACCCAAGAAGCUUUUUGAUUUAGUAGAGUGGUUGGAUGAAUCUAUAAUUCAAGACAUCACACCCAAGCUGCUUGGGGACUGGCCCAACACUUACACCUACACCAAAGCCUUGUCUGAAUACCUAAUUCAGCAGGAGAAAGGAAAUUUGAAUAUUGCCAUCAUCAGGCCAUCCAUCGUGGGAGCUAGUUGGCAUGAGCCUUUUCCUGGUUGGAUUGACAGCUUCAAUGGGACAAGUGGAAUAUUUGUUGCGGCAGGAAAGGGGAUCCUAAGGACCGUCAUUGCUAACAAUGAAGCGGUGGCUGAUAUGAUUCCAGUUGACGUUGUCAUCAACCUCACCCUUGCAGCUGGGUGGUACACUGCUGUGCACAGACCAAAAAACAUGUUGGUGUACAACUGUACAACAGGUGGAAUCAAUCCUUUCUUCUGGGGAGAAAUGGAGCAGUAUGUCAUGUCCACAUUCAAAAGAAACCCACUGGAACAGGCCUUCAGAACACCCAACGCUCACUUGACGUCCAACUACUUAAUAAACCAGUACUGGAUAACUGUUAGUCACAAGGCUCCUGCCAUACUCUAUGACUUGUACAUGAGGCUCACAGGAAGAAAGCCCAGAAUGAUGAAGAUUAUCAAUCGACUGCACAAGUCUAUGAUGCUCCUGCAGUAUUUCUCCACCCAGUCCUGGGAUUGGUCUUCAGAUAAUAUGAAUAUGUUAAUGGGUCAGCUUAACACAGAGGACAAAAAGUUAUACAACUUUGAUGUUCGUCAGCUGCAUUGGUCAGAAUACAUUGAAAGCUAUUGCCUAGGUGCUAAGAAGUAUUUGCUAAAUGAGGACAUGUCCGGCAUCCCUGCAGCAAAGCAGCACUUACGAAAACUGAGGAAUAUCCGGUACGCGUUUAACACCACUCUCCUCGUGAUCAUCUGGCGCAUUUUCAUCGCAAGGUCACAGAUGGCUCGAAACAUCUGGUACUUUGUGGUGAGCCUCUGCUACAAGUUCCUCUCCUACUUCAGGGCAUCCAGCACCCUCAGGCACUGAAGCUGUCCAUCAACAACCAGCCUCUUCCAGAAGGACCUCCAGUCCCCCCUAACCAGCAACAAUGGGCAUCAGAAUCUGAAAGUAGCAGAAAAAUCCACUCCCUCCAACUGCAACCUGCAUUUAUUGUGCACCAAUAUGUGUUCAUCUUUUUAGUUUUGACAACCAAUACAUGGUUAUAUACAUGGUGGUAUUAAUUUCAUAGGACCAGACUGAUUUUUAAAACCAUAAAGCUUUAGGAACAGAUGAAGAUGGAAUAUUUUAUUGAAAGUUCAUUGUGCAAGAGUAAAGAUUAACCAAAGUUGCAGUCUUCCCAUGUACUACCUGUUUUAGACUAUUUUAAUCCCAUCCUCCUCCAUAAAAGAGGCAGAUUAAAGCACACAACCUUGGAAGAAAAGAAUGCCAUCAAAGAAGAACCAGUCAAGGAAAUUAACCUUUAAGAGGUCUUCAUAAAGAGGCUAUUUAUUCCUUUAUUCUCAUUCAGAAAUUUUACAUUUUCCAUUUUUCAAAACCUAGAGGGAAAAAACAUCCUAGUUACACUAGGCCAGUGAACACACUGAACAGUUUUCAGAUCUUGUCUUAUAUUCCUACUGAGGACUGAUACUUUCAAGCCAUAACUGAAGACACAAAGAGAAUUUACAUACCUAUGCUAACUGUACUCACUCACAUGCUGCUUUCUUAUGGAGAGGCAUUUCUUCUCUCAUUGGUUAAGGUUGCAGUUAUCUUCCAUUAAACAGCCUUGUACUUGCAUUUAUCACUUUUGCUUGGAACAUUUCUUCAGCUUGAAAAAUGCUCUAUUUACUCUGAGGAUAUAGAGAAGAAUACCUAAAAGACUGAAGAAAAAAAAUAAAUCAAAAACUCAUUAUUAUUUUUGAGAAGUAGGUCUCUUUCUCCAUUCCAUUUGCUUCCCUGUAGCUCAAAAACAAACUGAUACUGUCCUUCAGGAUCUCACUAAAGCUAAAUCACUUUACUUCAGAUGGUGAAAAAUAUGUACAGACAUGUAUGGGGGGAAUCUUAUCAAUCAGGACAACUCUGCUACCACUUGUCAAGAGAGCCUGAAACUUAUUUCUGUUGAGGUUAAGAAAGGUUUCAGAGGUUGACUUCUGUGUAAAAAUUAUCAUGUGCUCUGAAAGUAAUGUUUUGUCCUACUCCACAGUUUAGAAAGGAAUUCAAGGAUCUUACUAAUGCUCAUGGCUACUGGAGAUAUUUGUUUCACCUAGUGAAGCAUGAAUUCCCCUGGAAAAGACUGGAGAAAGAGAGAAUUUUCUUCAAAGUAGCUGGUACAAUGACAGCCUUAGUGCAAAAACAGAUUUACUCAUGCUAUCAAAUUUUCAAAAUCAAAAGUAAUAGUGGAAUAUAUUUUGUUCAGAUUACACUGAAUAAGUAUGGUAAGAUUAUGAGACUUGAAAACAGCCAGUUUUUGAAAGAACUGCAGCAUCCAGUUUGCCUGGACUUGUGUCACAUUAGCUGUCUUAAUGCUGCAUCUCAUUAAAUGCCAUAAUGGCUCUUUUGAGAGUUGAGAAUAGCAUUUACAAAGCUGUCAUUCUUUAAAGGGUUUUGGUAGCAAAGGCAAGAGCAAGUUAUGAUGACUGUGUAUUUUUAUUUGAGCAUCCAAGCUGAUUCAGAAGUCUUUGUAAAGAUGCAAGGAAUUACAAGAUAAGAUAUGCUUGUAUGCCCUGUGGGUCUAAUUUUAAGCAGCUGCCAAAUGAUGACUGCAGCAUGCCCUAACCAGAAACCUGGUAUCCAAAAUGGCAAGACUCCGGCAUUUCCUAGAAAAGAUACAAUUUCCUUAAGCUCUUGACUUGAAAACAUACUUUCAAAAUGAAACUGUUAGUUGUCUGUUUUCCAAUGCCAGAAAGUUGGCGGUGCAUUCUGUGCGUUGUGCUAAUUUAAGAUAUCACUGUCUAGAAGACCAGGUUUACAAGCUGGGGUCCAGAUACUUUAUGCAUGCUCCUUCUGUAGCAGUUUAUAUGGUGAAGGUCAGCUGCAUUAUACUUGGCUAACUGGGACUACGGUUACCUUAGUAGAGCAAGGCAGGUCACUAUAGGGAUGCCACUAGAAAGUCUGCAUUCCCUCAAGUAAAUAAUCAGAUCAUCAGCCAGCUUCCAGUCUAAUUAUAUGAAAGGCUUAAAGCAGAACAAAACCGCAGACUAUUUGGAAACAAACUUCAUUUAAAAACAAAAAAUGAGGUAAGAAUUCUACCUCAUCUCCAAGAAGCCUUUUCUGUAAGUGCCUGACUUACACAUGAAGAGAAGCUUCAGCUGAGGGAAUCAUAGGUCUUAAGCUGCACACAAGAUAAGAACAAUACGGUGUCUCACAGAAAAGUCAAAUACUGCAGAUGUGCUAUACCUGCAACAGAUGGCUGAUGCAGACCAGACAUACUACUGUUGGGCUUUGAGUACGGUGUCCUGCCUUCCCUUCACCAAUGCUAGUUAUGCCACGCAUCCUUCAACUAUGCCUGUAGGCAUUCUUAGUAAUUUGCACAGGCUGUAUUGUUCCAACAAGUCUAAUAUGUAUGUGCUCAAUAUGAGUACAUUUGAACCUGAUUUCUGCAUGUAUAAAAGAACACUUCAGGCUUCACGCAGAACAUUGAUGGUAUCACAUUCUAAAGUGCUUCAGCAUUUUGCUGAAGGUAUCAGCUACUGCAAAGCUCCUGCUCAUCCUUGAAAGACAGCUGGAACGUUACAGAACUGCUGCAGUUGCGGAUGGCGUAUGCUAAUCUGGAGACCUUUCACAGCCUAUGCAAUGUUGGCAGAAGCUGGUUCCAGUGCUCUGGCCUUGCCUAUGGGGGAGAUCAAGCUGUUAGCUUGUCUUAACACAGACAUAACACAUAUGAAACUUGAACCUUCAUUUCCCUGUGGUCUGAGACAUUUUCAGGUGAUCAUCUGAACCACAACAUAAAAAGAAAAAAAAAGACAAUAGAAAAACCCAGUGGAGAACUGACACAUGGCAAUGGCAUUUGUCUGCCAUUUCUGAUAGUAAUCAUGGAAAGCUGCACCUAGUGAAAGAAUUUGUUCUCACCUCAAGUAGUGACUUACCUUGGACAUGUUUUACUUUGUGCUUCUCAGUGUACUUAUAUGCACUCUGAAGAAAUCCAAGUCUUGGAGACUAUAUAUAAAAUGCUGAGUGACAACUUCUUUUAUUAUUCCAAAUCUCUCUCCCUCUCACAUAUACUCACUCUUUUCUCAAAAGAAAAACAAGCUAGGGCUCUUGUUAAGUUAAAUCAGAGGUCCUGUGAAGACCUAUGAUUUGUGCACAAAUUAAUGUGAACAAUUCAGGAAUGGACACUAAUCAUGGCUGAAGGCUCAAAGUUUUACUACCUGAAUGACUGAGAAAGGUCUCACUCAGACUCCCCUCCACCCCCCGCAAUCGAGGUAGCAUGGCCAGUGCUAUAGGGAAAAACUAUGAGGGACAUUUCUACAGCCUGUGCUCAUAGCAGAAGGGUUGCUAGGUAUGGCACAUCCUGCUCAAUGAGGAAAGGGAGAUGCAAGAAAUCAGAGAAGCAUGAGCUGCCAAACCUAGAGGGCUCUGUCUCCCAGUGGGCAGGGGAAGAGCUCCAUCAGCAUUCUGUGAUCAGUUUCUUCUCAUAAGAUGGAUAAACUAAAAGGCUCCCUAACAACCUGUUCAGUUCUUUCCCCCAAAAGCCAACAGGCAGCAUAGAGAACAGUAUUAGCAGACAUCCUGCAUAGCCACAAAAGAAAAUACCUGCCACAGGACAGUAUAAUGAGAUAAUCAUCUGUAAUUCUUUGUACUCUAUGAACCUGCAGUGUAGCUACUCGCUCAUAGUGCUGGAGGCCUUCAGUGCUGCUACAGCAAUAGCAUGCAUGACUGCUGAACGCAGUGUACUCAUGUUCUGUUAAUUCUCUGUGUAAACACUAUUCUGUAGUCUGCAGAUGUAUGAAAAUAUCAUUUCAUUGUCCAAGAAGAACGAGUACAAGCUUGCCAUUAAGAAGUGUCUCUGCUUUUCAUUAAAUUGCUGUAACAACAACAAAAUCCCUAAAUGAAUCAGAGUUGAAACUGGUAUUUGACUGACAGCCAAGGCUGUUUGCCUCCAGCAUGUCCACUAUAAGAAAUAAAAUUUCUCUCCUCCAUCCUUCUCUACCCUGAUAACUUUGUUAAGAAAACUACAUUAUUUCUUCUUAGAAGACAUACUGACAUUCAACUUAAUGUUGGCACAUUACCCACCUCCUCAAUGGAUUUGUUAUUUUACACUUUCCAAGAAAACAUCAUUAUAGCUGUCUGUGUGCAUGUUUACAGCUUUCAGCACAAGUGUGUUCUCAUGCAACAUGCAGAGAGGGUAACAUAGAUGUGUUUAUACUGAAAUGACAGGCCUCACUUGUUUGAUAUACUCUAUUCUAAACCAGUUUAAGAUGAAGCAAGAAAACCUAUCUUUGUUUCAAAUGUAAAGAAAAUCUAACCUGUAGUACUAUUAAAUAAUCAAAUCAUGAUCAUGAAUGAGCAAUUGGGAAAAGGUGGGGGGGUUGGGGGGGGAAGCAUUCUUUUAUUUGUAAAUAUGCUACAGCUUCUUGGUUGAAAGCAUAUGGUGUUGCUCUUCCAGCACUGACAUUCAACUGCAGAAAGCAAAAGUGAAUUUUUAAAUUUUUAUUACAAUUAGAUCCUUUAUUCUACAACUGAGUAAAUAACAUACGGUAUAUUCGCCAUCAGUUAAAAGGAAGAAUAUUUCACUAUAUGGUGCUAAAUAUUAGUAUGAAGGUGGUACAGAUUUACUUGAGGCAAUUAAAAUAAUUGUAUUUGGGGAAUAAUUAAGUACUAUCCCACUUCUCUCUCUUGCUAAAAAUCCAACUGUGAAUUGUUUUGUUCAGAUUAACACAAAGCUGCUUAUGAAAAGUUUCUUGUUCUUAUAUAAUCUUGGCAGAUUUUACUUAGUAAAACCAAUAUUCUCCCGCUUUCCAAAGUUUCUAUGGUUCUAUCUGCUAUUUCUAUUCUCCGGUUAGCUAUGAGACAACUGUAAAUCUUAUACAUUGUACUUACAAAUUUCUAAUGUAAAGGCGUAAGCUUCUGAGCUCACAAAUCAGAUAAAAUGGGAAAUUCACAGAUUCUGAGAACUUCAGCCAUAAAAUUGUUAAUAUGAUAUUUAUGUUACUUUAAACAUUUAAUAAAACAGAAUAUUUUAAAACUA